CCUGGCUGCAACUCUCCUGCAGGGCAGCGGGCCAGUCUGCGUGUUCCUCCCUCUAUUUUCCACUGAGCGACAAGGCAGCACAUUGUGCUCAGACCGGCCAGCCAGCCAGCCAAGGUUACACCGCCGCUCUCUCUCCCCUCCUCGACAAGGUGACAAAUGGAGACCUUCAAUCACAAACUGAACGUUUACUUCGAGACAUGGAUGGGUCCCCGAGAUCAGCGGGUGCGGGGAUGGCUACUGCUCGACAACUACCCACCAACCUUUGCACUCACAGUCAUGUACCUUCUGAUCGUGUGGAUGGGGCCCAAGUACAUGAAACACCGGCAGCCGUACUCCUGCAGAGGCCUCCUGGUGCUCUACAAUCUGGGCCUCACACUCCUCUCCUUCUACAUGUUCUAUGAGCUUGUUACUGCUGUGUGGUAUGGCGGCUACAAUUUCUACUGCCAGGACACUCACAGUGCACAGGAUGUGGAUAAUAAGAUCAUAAAUGUCCUUUGGUGGUACUACUUCUCCAAGCUCAUUGAGUUCAUGGACACCUUUUUCUUCAUACUACGGAAGAAUAAUCACCAGAUCACCUUUCUUCACAUCUACCACCACGCCAGCAUGCUGAAUAUCUGGUGGUUUGUUAUGAACUGGGUACCCUGCGGCCACUCGUACUUCGGUGCCUCCCUAAACAGCUUCGUCCACGUCGUGAUGUAUUCUUACUACGGCCUCUCAGCCAUCCCAGCCAUGCGGCCGUACCUUUGGUGGAAGAAGUACAUCACACAGUUCCAGCUGAUCCAGUUCUUUUUAACCAUGUCCCAGACAAUAUUUGCAGUCAUAUGGCCGUGUGGCUUCCCCGACGGAUGGCUUUACUUCCAAAUAGGUUACAUGGUCACGCUAAUUUUCCUGUUCUCAAACUUCUACAUUCAGACCUACAACAAGCACAGCGCAUCUCUAAGGAAGGAGCACCAGAACGGCUCUCCUCUAUCAACAAAUGGACAUGCAAACGGGACGCCAUCGAUGGAGCACACUGCACACAAGAAACUGAGAGUGGAUUGACAUUUGCGAAACCGUCACCCCAUUCUCACUGUAGUGCGUAAGCUAAUGCUGCUAGGAGGUAUCUUCUUAUCUAGAAUAGUCUUGCACUUGAGAUGAAAGCCAUAGCCACAUUACAUCCAGAGACUUACCAUGUUUUUACACACAUUCCUACUCACGGUAUUUAAGUAUUCACUUAAUAUAUUUAAAGAGAAUUGUACUAUGGUUGAAACUGCACAACGUGCCCCCCUCCCCCGCCCAUUCCCAAGCAGUCCCAAGCAAAAAUCUAUUUCUUGCUACCAGCAAACAAACACACGUUUUGACUCAUCCCAUGAUGCUUUACACAAAGACGGUCCAAAGAUGACAGCUCCUGUGAGGGUGUUGGCAGCUGAAGGUCUCAUCACGCUCAAUGACAUUUCUGUCUCAACAACCCAAGGGACAAUGAAAAUAACGCAGUGCUUCCUGUGGUCCUUAAUGUGUAACUAGAGCAUGCAUCUUAUGUCUUGCUUAAUCUCACUCUUGCCUGCGCUGUUGCAUAAUCCAAAAGUUUGCCCUGUGUAUUCAAUAAUGCAUUUUAUUGACAGGUUGUAACAGCGGACGCUGCAUUUUGCGGAAUAUUUGCAGGGCAGGGUUUCCAAAGUGGAAUAUUUAGCCAUCGAACCGAAGCAUAACCAAAACAAGUGUACCGCAUAUGCUAGGAUUCAUAUUCAAACCAGUUUAAGACACAGUGUUAGAGGGCAGUUAGUGUACACUUUUAAACCUAGUUCUCCUUGACAUCCCCCAUGUUACAAAAACAUUUUUCCUCCUUUUCACACUGUGUUAUAUACCAUAGCUUUAUCCAGUAAAUACAAUUAGAACUUGAAUUCAUUGACAUUCAUUAAAUAAGGCGAUGCACAUUAGGUCUAUAUUAAUAUUUAGGUAUCAAAUUUAUCAAGUGAAUAUAAUAACCUCAAAUAUGUUAUAUCCAGAUAAAAAAUUAAUUUAGAAUUGAGAAUAAAAGCUCAUUAUCGACCAUGGAAACAGUUAAAAAACACACUCUCAUCCAUUUAGUAGCUGCUCUGGAGCUUUUGAUUAUAACACGAUCUUCCCCAAUACAUGUAGCUUGCCCAGUUGUAAUGAAAAGUAGGGCUGCAGCUAUCUGUCAUUUCCAUUGCCGAUCAAUUAGUUGUUUUGCCUAUAAAAUGUCAGAAAAUGGGGGAAACUGACGACCAGUGUUUCCCUGAACCUUUUCCUCAUUUCGGAGCCUGGAAUCAAAGAAUUUUGACUUUUUUCGGUUAAAUUAUUAGUCUGAUCAAACGGAAUCAACUAUCAAAAAUAGUCCACAGUUCAUUUAACACAUGCAUGGUUAUAAUAGUUGCAGCUCUGGCGGGGAAGUCUUCAAAACGCUCAGGGAAAUGGCAAUGUAAACAUUUGCAAUUGUGUAAACCACAUGUGCUGAGGAAGAUCAUGUGAAAAGCUCAGAAACAGCCGCUAAAUGGACCUUGUAGUGGAGUUGUUUUAUCAAACAUUUUACAGUUGCUUUUUUUUAAGUACAUACAUAAAAAGGGUGCCUUCUGGACAAGUUGAUUUGGUUUCUAAUGAAGCAUUUUUCAUCUUUGUAAUAUACUAUCACAUGAUUCAUGUUGGUCCGCUGUAGAACAACAUGUGUCAGACAUCCUGUUUAAAUCCUGUGCCUGACUCUUAGUCUCUUUUCUUUUUAAAUAUCGAAAGUCCUGAGCGAUCAUUCCAAACAUGACAUGCAGUAAACACAAUAAAGAUGUUUAUCUUACACUGAAGGAGUAGUUGGGAAAUAUAUGUGUUCAUUUUCUUCCAUUUGAUGAGCGAUAACACUUUCAUUUCUGUAGGCUAUGAUCUGAAGCUAUAGCUAGCAGCCUUAGCUUAGCAUAAACACUGCAAGUGGGGGUGACAGCCUUGCCUGGCUGUGUCAAAGGGUUAAAAAAAUCCACCAACCAAAACUUCAGAGGCUCAGUUUAGAUUUUCUUUCCUUUGGACAGAAGCACACAGGCUGUUUCCCCCGUUUCCAGUCUCCAGCCUUGCAGAGUAAAAAUACGACUGAUUUCAAUCAUCUCAUCCAACUAACGCCAAGAAAGGAAACAAGCCUUUAUGUAUUUCCCAAAACACUCAACUAUUCCUGAGACAUUUUCCACAACAUGAACUCUUUCUCAUUUGAUCAUGUUAACAUGAUUUUUUUUUUUUUUUUUUUUUAAGUAAACACGACAACAAUGUCAUUUCAGAGGGUGAACCGCGAGGUGUUCCGAAUGUUAUGUUAAUGUCACUGUCUUGAAACCAUUGCCAGGGGUCUGCAUAUUUAAUGCUGGUUUAGAAAACUGAGGUAGGCUGCAAGGAUUUUUGAAUGCUGAGCUCUGUGAAUGAAUCUGACGCCCUCGCCGUGGUGCGCCACGCUAUCGUGUCGAUUCAAUAUAACGAGGUACUGUAAGGCCUUAACCACUGAAUGAGCAUGACAUGUUGCUAUAGGUGACCCAGAUUCACGUUCACUGCAUCAGAAAUUAUUGUUAAAAUCUGAAUAAUACAUACAGAGGUUGCAUUUUCUCUGCAUGAUGAAUCUGGUCCACAGAUGUCUGCCGUUCACCAUGCGUGAGCCAAAUCUGCUCUUUAACUCAACUGUAGAUAUUUGUCUUCUUAAUUUUCCAGCUACAUGCCAUCCCCCGUUACAGUUUGCCCUUCAUACAAGAUGAUAGCGCUGAAGAUAACAGGGUUUAUAUUUUUGAGGGCGCGAUUAGCAUUAAAGUACUCCCCAACUGAUGAAAGCCAAGGAAGCGUAUCAGCUAUGUAAGCUAAUUACAUACUGCAAACUAAGGGCCUACAUUUUAAACUGUUAAAAUAAAUAUCUAUAUAUUUUCUGAAAAUAGGGGUAAAUCUGGGUUUACUUGUUGUGACUCAAGCUUUACUCGCUGUAACACAUUAAAAACAAACUCGGAUUGUAAAGCUA